AUGGCGGCGGUCGAGGUGGUCGACGUGCGGACCGACAUGCGAUUGCAGCGGUUCGACGGCACGGACGAGAAGCUCGAGGCCUGCACUGCGCUGCUCGGCUUCGAAGAGUUCAUGGCAGCGGCGGUCCAGAGGCAGGACCCGCUGCUGAACGACCAGCUCGACGAGCGCGCCAGGCAGGUCAGCCAACGGCUGUGGCACCUGCUGGUCACGUACUGCGAGGGCAAGGCGAUGGGGGUGGUCAAGCUCUCGCGCAAGAACGGUCUCGAGGCGUGGCACCAGCUCAAGAAUGAGUACGAGAGCCGUUCAUGUAAUCGUUGGACGGCGAUGCUGCGGUUCAUCCUGAACCCGCAGGGCAAGUGGGCCAAGGAUCGCGAGGCGGGCAUCGACUUCUUUCAGUCGCUCACCGCCUGGGAGGCGAUCGUGGCGGAGUAUGUGGACCAGAGUGGCGAGGGAGUCUCGGGCAAUGUUAGGGUGAGCGUACUGCUUGAGCACGCGCCAGAUCCACAUCGUGAGGUGCUGCGACAGGCUCCAGAGGAGGUGGCGCUCACCUUCGGCGCAGCUCGCAGCCACACCGGGGGCUACUACAAUCAGGGAACACCCGCGUGCCAGACGCGGGGGGGGGUCGCGCCGGCGCAGGUGGAUGCGAUUCGUGCCCAGCUUCCCAGUGGCAAGGCCAGCGGCAUGGGCAAGGCAAGCAAGGCGGACAUGUCAGGCGGGAAGUCGGGCAAGUUCCAGAAGGGCGAGAACUCGAAGACCAAGUCCAAGGCUCGCGACGGCGGCAAGCACGGCAAGAGCCAGACGGAGUACUGUGACGGCGAGUGCGGCUACUGUGGCAAGUGGGGCCACAAGCGGGCCGAUUGCAGGAAGAAGAAGGCCGACGACGCGAAGAAAGAGCCAGGUCACACUCGAGCGGUGCAAGGCGCCGCAGCCUCAUCAUCGGGGCAGCAGCCAGCGGAUGGCACGGUGAGGGCGGCGUCGGGCUACUACGACGGCACACCCGACGGCUGGGUGUUCGCGGUCACGGCGGGGACGGACGGCAAGGUGGCGAAGGUCGGCGGCUCCAUCCUGAUCGACAGCGGCAGCGACGCCCAUCUCUGCAGGCACAGGUUCGCCCCAGAGGCCCCCGUCAGCACCGCAGUGGACGCGCCGAGGCUCUUUGACGUGCAGCAGCGGCCGCUACCGACGGCAGGUCUAAGAGGAGGUGAGAUGACACUGAAGGAGGGCAUCAAGGCGACGGCGGACUUCCUCGUCGCGGGCGUGAACGAUGAUCUGCUGAGCAUGGGGAAGCUGCUCAGGCAGGGCUUCAAGUUCAACCUCCACCUGGAUGACGGGCUCUACAUGACGAAGGGCCAUCGCAGCGUGCAGCUCGAGCUGGAGAGGCUCACCGCUGCCGCGGCGCGGCAGAGCGGCAGGAUGCAGGUCGCGCUCGAGGACUCCGAGCGGAAGGCGCCGCCCAUCAGCUACGACGUCGGGUUCUGCAAGACGGCUGACGAGGACGGGGGCCCGACGAAGGUUGAGGAGACAUGCGCGACGAUGUUCGCGGGUCUCAGCUCGGAUGCGGGAGUGGUGAAGGUUAUCCCAUGCCCAUCGAAGUCAGCAUCGCCAUGCGCGAUUGCGGGCAUCAAGUCAUUCGUGCAGCGGCUCGAGACGGGCAGGUCCAGACUCAGGACCGACUCCGAGCCUGCAACGAAGGCAAUCCUGGACGGGGCGGUCGCAGAGCUGACGGGCAAGGUCACUCCAGAACUGACGCCUAAGCACAGCAGCCAGUCCAACCCAGCGGAGGCGGCGGUGAAGAUCGUCGAGGGCCAGACGCGAGUCCUCAGGCUGGAUCUCGAGAAGCGCUACGGCACCAGGAUCACCGCGGCGAUGCCGAUCUGGGCCUGGAUGGUGCGUCACGCUGGGUGGCUACGCGAACGGUGCCCCCGACGGGUUGGAGGACAGUCCCCGCGCGAGAUAGCGACAGGCACGCCCUACAAGGGCGACAUCUUCAACUUCGGCGAGGCAGCGAGGCGCGGGCUGCCGCCUGAGGCGGAGGCCUCAGGGAGCAAGCGAGCGCGGGUUGCAGCGGUCCACGAGCUGGGCGUCGGCAGCGUGGACGACUCGCCCGACGCGUUCUGGGAGGAGAUCUCGGAUGAGGUUGAGGACCCGACCGAGGGCAUGUUCGACGUGGACGUGCAGGAUGAGUUGGACAAGGAGCUCACGCUGGAGCACCUGCAGAGCCUCCUGGACCACGGCGUCGGCGAGGACAUCCCCAAGUCGGAGGCAAGGGGAAUGAAGCACAUCACCACGCGCUGGGAGAAGCAGUGGAGGAGUGGCGCGCGCGACGACCUGUUCACGCCAGGAUCGGCUCCGAUCUCCAACAGGCUCGUCGAGUUCGUGGCGCUCAAGCGCGGCUUCGAGGUGAUAACGCUGGACGCGACGGACGCCUUCUACCAGGCGCCUGAGCACGAGGACGUGGUGGUGGAUCCACCGCAGGAGUACUUGGACAGGCUGCAGGCAGAGGGCAGGAGCACGGGCAUCUACUGGAAGCUGAAGAGACAGCUGCCUGGCAGGCGCACGGCGGCGCCUGGCUGGGUGGAGCACAUGGCGGGCAUCCUCGCGGACGAGAUGCGCAUGGCGAGGUGCGAGGUGGCCCCGCAGUUCUUCUACAACUCGGAGAUUGAGGUGGUGGUCGGGCUCCACAUGGACGACCUGCACAUGGCAGGACCAAGGGGCGCGCUGGAGGGCUUUCGCGACGAGCUGGGGCAGCGCGUGACCUUCAGCGGCGGCGAGAUCCACGAGCACGGCACCACCUACGAGCACCUGGAGAGGCUGAGGACGCGGCUCGAGCACGGGGCGGAGCUGAAGGCGAACCCGAAGUACCUGGACUACGCGGUGGAGACCUUCGGCCUCGGGAACUCGAACACGGCUGGCAUCUACCGUUCCUGCGUGGGGGCGUUGAUGUACUGCGCCCAGGACAGGGCGGACUGCCAGUGCGAAGUGAGCUUGAUCGGGCGAAUGCUGUCGCGCCCCACCGUCGGCGCCUUCGCCGCGCUCAAGAGGUUGGCCAGGUACCUGAUGGGCACGAGGGACGCGGUGAACUGGCCGCCGAGGCCGACGGAGGGCACGAACGUGGAGCUGGUGGGCUACGGCGAUAGCGACUGGGCAGGCGACUUGCAGACCAGGAGGUCGCAGUCGAGCGGCGAGAUCGAGAUUGACAACGUCCCCAUGCACUCCUUCAGCAGGCGCCAGGGGGUCGUGGCGACCAGCUCGGGGGUGGCAGCGCACUGCGCGGCGACGGCGGUCGCCGAGGACCUCCUCUAUUUCAAGUCGCUCCUGGAGUUCAUGGGCUUCGCGGUGGUCAGGAACCUGGAGGCGCGCGUGCUCUGGCCCCAGCAGGCGAUCAAGAGGAAGCUGAUGGACCUCGGGACCGUCGGCACCGACGACAACAAGGCGGACUUGGACGCGAAGGUCCUCGGGUACGAGCGCUUCGUUAAGCUCAGGACGAUGAACGGCAUCUACACGGACAUGGGCCAGGUCGCGGGGAGUGACCACCAGUCGGAGGAGGUGGACUUCGACGUGGAGGCGGCAGUUCGGGUUCGGCGCGCCAGAGGCGUGGCCACUUCACCGAGUGUGAGCCGCUCAGCGGCCCUGGCGAUGAUCACGGCGGCGGUGACGCUCCUUCAAGGGUGCGAAGGACCCGCCACCGAGUACGACGGCUACUACGACACGGAGGUUUGCUCCAAGGACGGCGCGGUCGUGAGCGAUUGGGCGAACUAUUGGCUGGUGGUGGUCGUCUGGGCGCUGGUCGUGGCCGCCGUCUGCGGCUACGCGGGGUUCCGCUACGCCAGCUGGGGGGGGGGGGGGGGGGCAGAGUGGCUCCUUGUCCCGACCGAGCCCGAUGACGCGAAGGACAAGAAGACCGACUCAGGCAUCAGCUGUGUGCCAGUCCCGUCGACGGCGGAGCAGAGCUACCAUACGAGGAG